UUCACUCGGAUACAGAGAUAGGAGAACGUUGUUCACUUUAUUGAAAAUAAUAGCUUUCAUUUGGCUGCGUCGUCCUGCAAUGCAUUGGAAUAUAAAACAUUUGUCUAAUCUAAGGAUACGUUCGUGGAAAUGGAAACUUUAAUGAAGCUAAGGGUGUUAUUGUGGUGUGCGUUGCUGCUGUCCUCGCUGCUAUGGAAUACAAUAGAGGCGCAGACGCGCUACACCGUUCCCGAGGAGCUAGAUAUGGGAUCCGUUGUUGGGAACAUUGCGAAAGAUCUUGGUUUGCAAAUCUCGGAGAUUUCUGAUCGUAAACUGAGAAUUACCUCUGAGGGCGGUAAGCAGUUUUUCACUGUGGACAUGGGGAAAGGCGAGCUCAUUGUUAAUGAGAGGAUAGACAGAGAGAGCCUAUGUGGACAAAGCGCCGGUUGUCUGUUGCCUUUAGAAGCUAUCGUAGAAAACCCACUGCAAAUGUAUCGAGCUGAGAUCGAGAUACAGGACAUAAACGAUAAUUCUCCAGUUUUCCAAAAUAGUCAAAAUGUUUUGAAUAUUCCCGAGUCCAAAAUGCCAGGUGCAAGAUUCCGUUUAGAGUCAGCCCAAGACCCAGAUGUUGGCUCCAACUCGUUACGCUCAUACAUCAUCAAUAAAAAUGAACAUUUUGUUUUAGAUAUUAAAACAAAGAAAGAUGGAUCUAAAGUCCCAGAACUAGUUUUAGAAAAAGCGUUAGAUAGAGAAAAACAGGCCACGCACCGCUUACGACUCACAGCCGUAGAUGGCGGUAUUCCAGCGAAAUCAGGGACAGCAGAAAUCACUAUUCACGUGCUGGAUAUAAAUGAUAAUGCACCUUUUUUUGAAGAAAGCACAUAUGAUGUUAAAUUAGCUGAAAACACUCCAGCCGGAACGGUAGUUGUCACUAGCAAAGCAGUAGACCUCGAUGAAGGAAUCAACAGUGAGAUAGUAUAUUCAUUUGGACCUCACACAUCAGACUCAAUACAGGACAUGAUAAGUAUAGAUCACCAGACAGGCGAAGUAAAGGUACAGGGAGACAUAGAUUACGAGGCAAGCCAUUCCUUUAAAUUUGACAUUCUUGCAACAGACAAAGGGUAUCCGUCUAUGGAAGGGGUCUGUAGUGUAAAUAUAGAUAUCAUGGAUUUAAACGACAAUGCCCCCGAAAUCAUUUUGAAAUCUCAGCCCAGUCCAGUUAAAGAAGAUGCUCCUGUUGGAACUGUUGUUGCGUUGAUCAGCGCCAAAGACAUAGACUCUGGGAGCAAUGGUAAAGUUAGCAUCAGUUUACCGUCUGGUUUACCAUUUACUUUAAAGCCAUCCAUAUCUAAUAACUAUGCUUUGGUGACCAAUGCAGUUCUAGACCGGGAAACUAAUUCAGAGUAUGCCGUUGAGAUUAGAGCAUCCGAUGCCGGGACGCCGUCUCUCAGCUCAGAGAAAACAAUUAGAGUUCGUAUCUUAGACGUAAAUGAUAACUCGCCUGUUUUUAGUCAGCCGUCAUACACAAUUUACGUGAAGGAGAAUCUCACUCCGGGGUCUAUACUGUGCUCUGUGUCUGCAUCAGAUCCAGAUACGGGAGAAAAUGCCAAGAUAUCAUACUCUAUACUGAGCACGAAAGUACAGGACGUCUCGACCUCGUCUUAUUUUUACGUAAACUCAGACAACGGCAGCAUCUACAGCAUGCAUUCGUUUGACUACGAGAAGCUGAAGGUGUUUCAGAUUCAGGUGCAGGCAAAGGACCACGGCUCUCCGUCUCUGAGCAGCAACGUCACGGUUCAUGUUUUUAUCUUGGACCAGAACGACAAUGCCCCUUCUGUUAUUUACCCCUCCGCCGUCAUGGGCUCUGUCUCCCACCAGAAGAUGCCCCGGUUCGCUAAAGCAGGCCACCUUGUCACCAAAGUAACGGCAGUGGACGCUGACUCGGGCCAUAACGCCUGGGUUUCCUAUAGACUGGCGGAGGCCACAGACGCCUCUCUGUUCAGCGUGAAUCUGUACACAGGGGAGGUGAGGACUAAACGUGCUGUUUCAGAGCAGGAUGACUCCUCUCAGAGGCUGCUUAUAGAGAUAAAGGACAACGGGGAACCGGCUCAGUCCGCCACAGUCACUGUCAACAUACUGGUAGAAGACGGGUUUCACGAACCCGUCUCAGACUUUCACUUGAAAACUUCAGAGCCCAGCAAACGGAACAGUAAAAUCACUUUUUAUCUGAUCGUGUCUCUGGCCUCCGUGUCAGUGUUGUCUUUGUUGACUUUCCUCAUCUUAGUGGUGAAGUGCGCUAGAAACAGUCGGAGUAAUUCCGGUUGUUGUAUCAGACGGGCUGACUCUGACGGAUACAAGAAUCCCAACAGAAACCUGCAGAUCCAGCUCAACAGUGACGGGCCUAUUAAGUAUGUAGAGGUCCUGGGAGGAGACAUGUUGUCUCAGAGCCAGUCCUUCAGGUCGUGUAUGUCUCCGAUGUCCGAGUUCAGUGAUUUCACCAUGGUGAAGCCCAGCAGCACCACUGACUUUAAGGACAUGAUAAACGUACUUGACGCAUCACUUCCUGACAGCGCGUGGACGUUCGAGAGUCAACAGGUGAGCUCAGCACAACAUUUGUAUUUGGUUUCGUCUGCUUGGUGA